AUGCAAAUGGUCAAGGAUGUUCUAGCCAACAGUGAUAAAGUUUCAGAGGUCCUACAAGAGUCUACUCAUCAGUUCAACCUGCUUACUUCACCCACCUUCCUACCAAAGGUCAAGGAUCAAGGGAAAUUCACUCUCCCUUGCACACUUGGGCAUCUUGAGAUUGACAAUGCCUUAGUGGAUUCUGGAGCAAGCAUCAAUCUGAUCUCUCUCUCCAUGGCAGAGAAGCUAGGCAUAGCUGGAGCCUUGCAGCGCCCUACUACUUCAAUCAUGUUUGGAGAUGCAACUACUAAGUCUCCUCUUGGAGUGUUCAAGAACUAUCACUUGAAAAUUGGAGAAUGCAUCAUCCAAACUGAUCUCACUGUGAUGGAAAUGGAAGAAGAGAAGGAUUUGCCUUUGUAUUGGGAACCCCUUUCCUUACCUAGAGGUUCAGACUUUUGUGCCACAAUUGACAGUACCAAUCUCAGUUCUAAGAGUCAUGGAGCUACAAAGGUUGUGAAGGAAAGGGUUGACAAGGAACCAAGAGUUGGGAAGGAUAAGGAUGAGAGAGGACCAAGGAUUGAGAAGCCACGUCUUGAGAGGGCUAGAGUUGAGAAACCACGAUCUGAUAGGCCAAGAGCUGAGCGACUUGUUCAAGCCCCUUGUGUGCUUGAUGAAGAGAGCCUUCAAGCUUUGUUUGAUGAGCCACUAGGAAGGGCUCUACAAGAAGGGGAGGAUGCAGCCUCUAAGGCAAGACCAGGAGAUAAAAGAAAGGAUCCACCAGCUCAGGCCCCUUCAGUCAAGCCAUCUCAGCUCACAAUGACUUUGUUCCCCACCAAGUUUGAAAAUGGGAAGAUUGAGUACAAGAUAAGGUACAAGGGGAGAUCAAGGCCAUUCUCUAGAGCCAAGGCCUUGGUGACUUCAGAACAGUCCAGGGACCCAACCAAGCUAAAGGAGCUUCUGUCUCAAGUCCUCACUAUCACCCUUGAUGGUGGGACUAGCUCAACCAAUGCCUAA